UCCCGCGGACAGCUGACUCUUGAGGACCCUGACGUAGCAUGCCUGUCUGACACAACAUUAGCUCACAUGCUAACAGGCUAACAGGCUAACAGGCUACCUAACAGUCAGAAAACAAACACAAGAGCUUUAAAGAUGGCAGAAGUCAAAGUGAAGAAGGAGGCGAACCUGUCAGACCCCGCGGAGGUGGAGAACAGGAUCAAACAGCUGUGUCAGCAGUUCCCUCACGGUAUCACAGACCAGGUGAUUCAGAACGACAUGCCUCACCUGGAGCCUCAGCAGAGAGCCAUGGCCAUCAACAAGCUGCUGUCACUGGGUCAGCUGGACCUGCUGAGGAACAGCUCAGGUCUCCUGUACAGACUGAAGGACGGGCAGAGCGCCAGUAAGAUGAAAGGUUCAGACAACCAGGAGAAACUGGUUUAUCAGAUCAUCGAGGACGCAGGAAACAAAGGGAUCUGGAGCAGAGACAUCCGCUUUAAGAGUAACCUUCCUCUGACUGAGAUCAACAAGAUCCUGAAGAACCUGGAGAGCAAGAAACUCAUCAAAGCCGUCAAAUCUGUUGCCGCGUCUAAGAAGAAGGUGUACAUGCUGUACAACCUGCAGCCGGACCGCUCUGUGACGGGGGGCGCCUGGUACAGCGACCAGGACUUUGAGUCUGAGUUUGUUGAAGUUCUCAACCAGCAGUGCUUCAAGUUCCUGCAGAGCAAGGCUGAAGCAGCGAGAGACAGCAAACAGAGUCCCAUGGUUCAGAGGAACAGCUCCUUCGCCACCUCGCAUGAAGUCUGGAAGUACAUCUGUGAGCUGGGAAUCAGCAAGGUGGAUCUGUCCAUGGACGACAUCGAGACCAUCCUGAACACGCUGAUCUAUGACGGGAAGGUGGAGAUGACUGUCAUCGCCGCCAAGGAGGGAACUGUGGGUAGCGUGGAUGGACAGAUGAAACUUUACCGUGGUGUCAACGCUGUCAUCCAACCCACCGGCCUCGUCAGGACGCCCUGCGGACUCUGCCCGGUGUUUGACGACUGUCACGAAGGAGGAGAAAUCUCUCCGUCCAACUGUAUCUACAUGACGGAGUGGUUGGACUUCUGACGGCUGCUCUCGUCUCUCUGUUCUUUUCUCUGUGAGGAAACUUUGACUCUAUUUUCCCGGCGCUCUGUGAUCCACCUCAGUUAUUUUUUGUAUUUAUUGCGAAGUUUAAUAAAAGCAGGAAUGAGAAA